UAGCUAUCGAUUCUCCACAAUGAACAACAAAGGACGCACGCCCGGUAGUGCCGGAAGAACAGUCAGAUCGUCCGCACAACAAAAUGGUCUGACAAUGCGAAAAAGAGACAUGACACCCACUCGCAACACAAACUUGCUACCCAACGCAACUUUCGUAGGUGAUCGAUUUCUUGGAGUCCGACUGGAUCAGGAUGAACUCGAUCAUGCUAAUCAUCUCAUGACGAGUAAGCUCUACAGCAACAAAGAGAAUUUGAAUAAUUCCAUGUCCGAGCCCAACAGUCCGGAGAAGAAAAGUGUGGAAGGAGAAGCUCUGAAACAAAUGAUGCGCCACAAAUCCACUGGAGCUCUUACCGAUGCUGAUGAUGGAGAUCGCAUUCUUUGCUAUAAGAAAAAUCUCGCUCCACCACCAGCAAUUGGAUAUAUUAAUCAGGCAAAAGUAUUGUAUAGUACAAAUAGUGUGAUCAAUCCAGCAUCGUCAGUGAAAAAGUCGACGAGACAUGUCAAAGAGACUGCGACGAAAGUCCUGGAUGGACCUGGACUCACUAAAGACUUAUAUUCACGUCAUCUUGAUUGGGGAUGUCACAAUUGGGUUGCAGUCGCUUUAGGACACGAAUUAUACCUCUGGAACACUGAGACAUGUGUCAUCAAGAAUCUCUUUGAAGACAAUGCUCCGACUAACGAAGGUCUGAUCACCUCAGUACGAUGGAGUCAGGAAGGUCGAUAUAUUUCCCUAGGAUACGCAUCAGGAGCUGUCAAGAUCUAUGAUCCAAAUCGUCCGAAAACCACUGAGUAUGUGCGUGAGUUGAGAACCCUUCGAGUCGGUGGAGCUUCACGAUGUGCUUCAAUUGCAUGGAGAAAGCAAGGAGUGAUGACAUGUGGUUAUAAAUCAGGAGACAUUGUUAAUCACGACGUCAGAAUCUCUCAACAUGUUGUUAGUUCGUGGGGAGGCGACAAUGGUCAUUGUCGUGACGUCACAGCUCUCGAAUGGUCUGCAGAUGAGAAUAUGUGCGUCAGUGGAUCAUCUGAUAGAACUGCAAAGAUUUGGGAUGGCCGUCACGUCAGAGGAAGUACAGUUAUUCAGGAUCCGGAACCUAUGUUCACUAUUGACGAGCACACUGGUCAAGUUCGUACAGCUCAAUUCUGUUCAUUCCGAGACGGCAUCCUGGCCACUGGCGGUGGAAUUAACGAUGGAACUGUGAAGUUGUGGGAUGUCAAGAGACAGUUCCAAAAAGUUCGAGAGCUUAAUGUUUGUGAAACUGGCGGUGUCGGUGGUAUUGUAUUCAAUCGUCCGUACUCUGAAAUGCUAACAGCUUCUGACGAUGGUUUCCUGCGUAUUUACCGAUUCAAUGCAAACUACAAGCUAUCUCACGAAAUUCAAGCAUCUAACGAACCUAUCAUGGAUCUUGUUGGAUCUCCGUUCGAUGAAGUACUUAUUGGAGACAUGGAGGAAACUUUGAAAGUAUUCCAAUUGUUCAACGUCGACAAGAGUACGAACAUUCUCGAUAGAACUGCGCCGAAAAACGUUGGCUUGAACGUUAGAUAAAAUUUUACUGUACCUUAAUUUACUGUACCUUAAAUCUUAAUUGUUUGUUAUCCCCUCAAAGAUCAUCCUACUUCUUUUUAUUUAUUCAUUACGAACGCCGUUUUGACGCUAACCUUAACUUUUCGAAUUAGUUUCAGAUUUAUUAAUCUGUAAAUGGUCUCUUCUUGUCUUCUCACCUCUGAAUACACGUCAACAUGAACAUUUGUUUGUAUUGUUGCUGAAAUUUCCGCUCAUUUUUACUUUUUUUAAUUCCAAUAAAGUCAUUUUUUCAAGAUU